AUGCAGAAACUUCUCUUGGCCACCUAUACUUUGAAAGAAGAAGCUAGACAAUGGUGGAUACUUAUCCGAGAUAAUAGUAGGACUAUGACGUGGAGCCAGUUUAAGGUAAUAUUUUAUGAGAAGUAUUUUCCCCAAUGCUUCAUAGACUGUCAAGUGUCAGAAUUUCAAGAACUUAAGCAAGGCAAGAUGUCUGUAGUUGAGUAUGAGGCUAAGUUUACUAAGUUAGCCAGAUUUGCUCCUCAUAUGGUUGACACAAAUUAUAAAAAGGCUCAGAAAUUUGAAAGGGGCUUAGAUCUAGAUGUGUUUGAUCGAGUAGGCAUUUCGAAGUUGCCUACAUAUGUAGAGGUACUAGCAAGAGCAUUGAUGGCAGAGGCCACCCUGGUAGCAAUGAAACAAGCUAAAGCACCAAUAACAGAAUGGAGAAGUAAAAGAUCUGGAUUCCAUUUUCAGAAAGGCCAUUCAUCUUUCUCACACAAAAAGCAAAAUACGGGAUCUUCAAGCAGUUCAAGUCAAAGUAGUGGCUCUAUGCCAGCUUGUUCUAAAUAUGGAAGGAAACAUAAAGGCAUGUGUUACCGUGAAUCUGGUGCCUGCUUCCAGUGUGGCAAGACUGGCCACAUGAUUAGAGAUUGUCCGAUGAGAUCUGAUGAUGCUAACCAUCCUACGACAAGUUCAGUCGGAUCCACUCUUACAACAAGAACAAAUGUGAAAACCAAUAUUGAGAGAGAAACUCUAAGGCAAGGCCAAGUGUUUGCAUUACUACCUGGUGAUGUACAGAACAUCGAGUCAGUGGUGUCGGAUAUGAUCUCUAUUUGCUCUAUGUUAUGUGCUUAUGUGUAUCCUGCAUGUGACAUCAUGGCUAGGGAUAUGUUAUUAUAUGCUGAUUUGCUACCACUGGACAUUACUCAUUUUGAUUGUAUUCUGGGUAUGGAUUUGUUGACGAAGUAUUGUGUAACUAUUGAUUGUGUGAGUAAAACUGUUGUGUUUCAACCACUUGGUAUGCUUGAAUUUGUGUUUGUUGGGAAUUGGCCUGCAAUGAUUGAAGAAAUUAAAGAGAAACAGCUUGACGAUGAGUUUUUGAAGAUGAUUGUUGAUGAAUUUGCAUCAAAACCAAGGCCGGGGUUUGUAUUUGGGAACAAUGUGCUAAACUUUCAUGGCAGACUAUGUGUACUGGAUUGUUCUGACCUGAGGAAAUGA